AUUACAACCAAUCCUACUAUCCAGAAGCUAAAAACUUCCUAAUCAAACAUCUUUAUAUUUCAAUCCCAACUCAAUAUGACGAUUCACUUUUCUUACAAAACACCACCACCCCUAGUUCUCAAGAAGAAGACAAAGAAACACAAAAUAAUACUACUUUUACCUCCUCUGAGGAAUUUGGAAAAAUUCUAAAUACUACCUCUUCUACUUCUCAAGAUGAAACUAAAGAGCACCCUUUUUAA